AUGGCCCAAGUCUCAGAAUGUGGGGGAUUUAAUACGAACUCACAGCGGUCGAGACCUUUUCCCGGCAACGGCGCCGACGAACUCCCCGAGGAGCAUGAGGAAACAUUCGAGUACCAUGGACGAUAUUUCCACCGCCUCUCCAGAGACAGUAGGGCCUACUUUGUGCCAAUCGAUGAGGCAGAGAACCGGCGUCUUACAACCAUGCACGAAGUGAUAAUCCUGAAGACUGGACGAACAAUCCUACCACAACCUAACGCACUGCGUAGGGUCCUUGAUUGCGGAACAGGUAACGGGUGCUGGGCCAUUGAAGUAGCCCAGAAUGUACCAACCUGCGAGGUGCACGCUAUUGAUGUCUCAACACUUAUGAUGCCGUUCGGGUCACCACCAAAUCUUUAUCAGUACCAGUGCGAUCUCAACGAAGCCAUUCCUUAUGACAACGGCUAUUUCGAUUUCGUCCAUAGCAGGAUGGUGAAUGGGGGUAUCAAUACAAAUCGGUGGAGCCAAUAUGUUCGCGAGAUCAAGCGUGUUCUCGUCCGGCAAGGAUGGGUCCAGUUGAUUGAAGUCUACUUCAACGCUCAAUGCCCGGGAGGCGACUAUCCCAGCAAUGGUGCUCUUCGUCAAUGGAGCAGCAAAUAUAUGGAAGCAAUGGAGCAGCUAGAGAAGGACCCGCGUGUAGGCAUGCGCCUCGGAGCCAUGUUAAGAUCUGCUGGUUUUGUUGACGUCGAGGAAACUUGCGUGGAACUGCCCAUGUGCAACUGGUCAACCGACCCACAAGAGAGGCAGUUAGGUGCCUGGAAUCUACCCAACAUUACCGAGCUGCUAUAUUCACUUGCUCUGUGGCCACUAACGUCGCGACGUGGGUUGAGAUUGCCGAUUGAAGAAUUCAACGAGCUGGUGGAAAAUGCCAGAGCUGAUGCCCGGAAUCCAGAUUACAAGCCUUAUUUCUCUGUAUACAUUGCUGUUGGCCGAAAACGAUAA